UGGCAUUGUCCGCCUUGUCCACUACACAACACAACAAUACUUUGAACGGAUGCAAGCAACUCGGAUUCCUAACGCUCAGAAUGAGAUAACAACCACCUGUCUCACGUAUCUCUCGUUCGAUGCGUUCAGCCAAGGCCCGUGUCAAAGCGAGAAAGAUCUAGAAUCCAUGGUGCAGCACAAUGUUCUAUUCGACUACUCGGCUCGGUACUGGGGUGACCAUGCACGUGGACAGGUAGAAGAAGAUUGCAAAGCUGCGAUACAGAAAUUUCUCCAGGAUGAUUCAAAAGUCGCCUGUGCCAGCCAGUUACCACUGGUAGAUCUGAAGUAUCGUUGU